GAGAGAGAGGGAGAAGGAGAGAAAGGCAGGAAGCAGAGAGAGAGAGGUGAGAAGCAGCUGGAUCCAGUGGUUUGGUACCCUGCUACCUGAGCGAUUUGCUCUCCUUAGCUGGCACUGUGGCAUUGGCCAUCUGCUGAGGGACUGGCGCUAAGAGCCCCCCAGCUCAAACAGGAUGGGGCCAGCAGUUUUCAGUGCUGGGGCUCCCCUCACUUGUACACACGCUUGUUGACCUCCAGGGCAUGCUGUCUUCCUACCAGGGCUGGGCCCAAGCAGCUGUCUGGUAGGGGGCCGAGGUCCCUUUUACCGGGAUGAGGGGCUCUGAGGAUGCACCAGGACAGGCUGACAGCCCCACAGAGGAGGAGGAGGUGUUGUGGGAGAAGAUUGAGAGUGUGCGGCACCAGCUGACCCGGUCCUUGAACCCAGCAAAGCUGACGCCCUACCUGCGCCAGUGCCGUGUGAUAGACGAGCAGGAUGAGGAGGAGGUGCUGAACUCAUGCAGGUUCCCAUACAAGAGCAAUCGCACAGGACACCUGAUGGACAUCCUUCGAUGUCGAGGAAAGCGAGGCUACGAAGCCUUCCUAGAAUCUCUGGAGUUUUAUUACCCAGAGCACUUUACCCGGCUGACAGGGAGGGAGCCAGUGCAGCGCUGCUCUAUGAUCCUGGAUGAGGAGGGCCCCGAAGGUCUGACCCAGUUCCUUAUGUUGGAGGUGAAGAAGGUGAGGGCACAAAGGAAGGAGCUCUUGGUGAGAGAGCACCAGUUAAAGGUGAAGAACCAGGCCCUGGAGGAGGAACAGACCCGGCUGGGGCAGCGGCUGCAGGAGCUGCUGAAGGUGCAGGAGCGAUCCCAGAGGCUGCGGGAGGAGUGGGACUCCAACAGCAUGGAGCUGCUGCGGCUGAAGGAUGAGAACUACAUGCUGGCCAUGCGCUAUGCACAGCUGUGUGAGGAGAAGAACCUGGCCGUGCUACGGAGCCGGGACCUGCAGCUGGUGGUGGACCAGCUGAAAUGUAAAGUUAGCAGCCUGGAGGAGGAGUGCAGGCUGCUGAAGAAACACAAGUCCACUGGGCCCCAGCGAGAGGCAGAGGAACGGGGUCAGCCUGACACGGUGUUUGAGCUGCAGGCCGAGAACCAGAGGCUGACGGCAUCGCUUCAGGAGCUGCAGAGCAUGCUGCAGGCAGCGAGCGAGGCCCAGGCGCCAGGCUCCCAGCGGAUCCUCCUGGACAUUUUGGAGCACGACUGGAAGGAAGCUCAGGAUGAACGGCAAGAGCUGUGCCAGAAGCUCCACUCCCUGCAGAGCGAGCUGCAGUGGGCUGAGGAACUAAGGGAUAAGUACCUACAGGAAGUGGAGGACCUGCAGCUGAAGCACCGGACUCUGCAGAAAGAUUGUGAUCUGUACAAACACCGGAUGAACACGGUGGUAUCUCAGCUGGAGGAGAUCGAGAAGGAGAGGGAUCAGGCUAUCCAGAGCCGAGAUAGGGUGCAGCUGCAGUACUCCCAGAGCCUGGUCGAGAAGGACCAGUACCGCAAACGGGUCCGGGCCCUGGAGGAGGAGAGAGAUGAGCUUCGGAGCAAAUUGAGCCAGGUGGAGGGUGUGGAGAGCACUCUGGAGGCACAGCUGCAGCAAUGCCAAGGCAACCGGGAUGUGGGCAUCAAGGAGGUGGCUCCAGAGAGCGAGAAGGACAUUAACCGCCUUUCCACCUUCCCCUUCCCGCCCUGUGCCGGCUCCAUCCUCCGACGGCAACGGGAAGAUAGAUCCAUGCCCUUCAAAAGCCUGUCCUGCGGGUCUUUUGGCAGCAUGGAGGACAUCACAGGGAGUGUCACCACUACUGUUUCAUCAGCCGGUCUCUCCUCCUUUUCCAGCAGUGCAUGCACCAGGGUGAAGUCAGAGAUCUGCUUGUCCACCAUCUCUGACCAGAAGGAGCUCAUCAGAUCCCUGGUGGUGCAGCUGUCUAGCAUGGAUCACCUGAGCAACCCAGUGCCCCAGCACAGGGGGCUGGGAGGGGACAUCUCCAUCCUGGGGGGGAACAGAACAGGGAUUUAUGUCAAGUGGGUGAAGCCAGGUUCAGAGGCUGAGAGUACAGGACUGCGCGAGGGCUGCCGGCUCCUAGAGCUGAGGGGGACUUUGCCAAAUGGGCAGGUGCUGUCCCUGGAGAACUGCACACGGGAAGUAGCUUACCUAAGCCUGCUGCACUGGGAUGACCCAGCUGGUCUCAUCUUCUUGCCCGACAUGCAAGGGUACCAGCCUCUCAAGGAGGCCUUAGAAGAAGGGAAGAAAGUGACUGGAGACUCCUUUUAUGUGCGCACCAAUCUGAUCCUCCUGGAGCAGUCAGACCCCUAUGCCCUGUGCGUCAAGUGUCGGGAGAUCCUGCACGUCACCGACACCAUGCACAAGGGGCGGCUGGAGUGGUACUGUGCUCGCGUCGACCCCCUGACGCUGCAGGACCUGGACAAGGGAACAGUGCCCAAUUACAGCAGGGCUCACCAGCUUUUGAAGGUACAGGAGAAAGGCCAGAUCCCAGGCCGGCAGAGGGGCUGCAGGAGAAAUCUGAAGAAACGGACCCUGGGCCAGCUGCGGCUGGUGAAAUCCAAACCGCACGGGGAGCCUCCUCAGCAGCUGCUGCUGGACUGCUGCCCAGACCCAGACAGGAGCCCAAAACCCUACAGCCUUGUGCGCCCCCUGGUGGUGCAGGCCCCUCGUCCAGUGGUACUCUCCCCUGACUGCAUAGCACCCAGGCUCAUCAGGAACCUGCUGGACCUGCCUACCUCGCGCCUGGACUUUCACGUGUGCCCAGCCAGUAAGCAGGAGCAAUCAGAGACCCUGGCUAAUGACGAGCCAGCUGCUACCCCUUCCCAGGAGAACUGCAUGGCUCCAGGUUCCCUCCAGGACCAGAGGGAGAGCAGGAGGAUCCGCACCAUCCGGGAGUGCAUCAGCAAGAAUAAACACUGCCUGCUGGAGCUGGGCCUCCAGAGGGUGAGGGAUCUAAUUAAAAGUGAAAUAUACCCCAUCAUUAUCCACGUGGAGGUCACCGAGAAGAACGUCAGGGGACUCAGGAGCUUACUGCGGAAGCCAGGCCAGCGUGACUCUGAUGUGAUAAAGCUUUGCCGGAGCGCCGAGCAGGCUCUCCACGCCCUGCCCUACUCGUGGGCCUGUGUGGAUGCCCAGUCCUGGUGCCACGCUGAGGAGCUGGUGAAAGUGGUGCGGCGCUGCGUCUUCCAGGAGCAGAACAGGGUCGUGUGGGUUGAGGAUGGCGAGCUGUGAUCUCACACCCGGCAGAGCUGGGGCCGUGUCUUCAUGGUGGGAGGCUCCAUAUGGGGGAGUGGGGCGCUAGUUUCCUUUCCCAAGGGCGGUGCCUGGAGCACACUUGGCUUCUCUCCUUCAUCCCCAAACUAUUUCCGAAACAGCAUGCCACUUCUCCCUGAUCGGCUGCAGUGGGAUGUUUUUGCCAUCAGCGGAGGUCUGGAGGAACAAGGAGGCCCCUCAUGUGUCAGGGAGUUGGGCCCACUUCAGGCUGCUUGGAGACUGGCCAGGGUGGGGGUAACAUGCGGACUCGGACUCCUUUCCCCUCAUGUCCAGGUUUAGUGGAGGGAUUUCCUUCCCCUUCCCACCAAGAAUCCCCUCACAGCUUACAGCCGCCGCUCCUCCAAGAGUGCUCUUGGCACCCAGACCCUCUGUAUGGCCCAGUCAUUUGGGGAAUCAGACGUGAGGGGAACAGAGGGUAGUCUGUGAAAGUGUGUGUGUGUGUGUGUGUGUGUGAGUGAGAGACUCUCUGCCUUCCUAUUGCUCCAUUCCCCUGCCACCCCAUCUCCUCCCCUUCCCCAUCAUGGCUCUCUCUGGCACCCUGUCUACCUCAGCUGAUGUCCGGAUGGAAGCGGGGGUGGUACACAUGCCCUGCCGCAGGCAGAGCGACACUACGCGGGGUUUGUCAGGCUUCCUCAAUGGGUGGUAAUUGUAAUCUUUACGGUGUAUAAAUUAUUAAUGGACCCUUUUUAAUUGGAAACCUGUAUAUAAAAGAGAAUUAAAUACCAUUUAUAAUGGGAACGGAGGAGGGGCUGCUGCUUGCAUUAACAGCAGGACUGGGGUGCUGGGGGAUUUCUCUCCUGUCCCUACCUCAUGCCUCUCCUAACCUGCUCUCUCCCCUGCUCAGACUCAGGCAGCUGGUCCCUCUCUGGGAAAGUCAGGGGAACAUUGAGGUUGCCCGGGUCUCCCAGAGCCUUUGUUCCUGUAGCUCUGGUUACCUCCGGGAGUCUGGGGCUUCUGCCAUCUGGGUCCUUCUCCAGGCGAACAAUAGGAGAGGGGCGAGCCAGCGGGGCUGCUGGAAGGUUGGGGAUUGCCUCACCCUUCGAACGGAGGCUGUCCUCACCCCGCCACUCUGACUCUGGAGCUGGCACCAGCUGUGCCUGAAAUCCAGCCCUCCCCCACCCCCCAUCCUGCCCCCUCCUCUCACAUGCUGAGAGAAAAGGAGGAAUAGAGAAGCAGAGUGGGGAAGAGACUGACAUGAAGGGAAGGAAGGAGAGGAGUGGAGGGGGUCAGGAGGCGGUGUGUGUGCAGCAUACUCCUGGGAGAGUGGCUGGUGUUAGAAGCACCCCUCGGGGAGUGAUAGCUCUCUCAGGCAUGCGGUUAGCUUGGAGAACCCUCCCUCCAUAGGUGCCAGGGCCACUUUGCAGAGCAAUUGCUGACCGAGCUGCGGAGUCCUUUAGCACUUGGGAGAGGCUGGAUGCUUGGGGAGCGCUGGGGGACCUGCAGAGGAUGGGGGAGGGUGACAGCGCUGGAGCUGGUAUGAGCAGGCAGACACAGGGCUGGAAAAAAGUGAGGGCCAGGCAGUGCUGGGGCCCCCCAGCACAGCCCCAUGCUAGGGGUGAUGGGGAGCAGCAUGAAGGGAGGAGAGCCCUGGAUGCAGGUCUGCAUGAGACCAGGACUGGGCCAACAUGGGCUGGGCGGGGCAGAGAUCAGCAUAGGCUGAAUGCUUGUUGCUUUCGCAGGAGGUGGGUAUUUGGCAUUGUCUAGCCCAUCCUCUGCCUGGCCCCAAGUCCCCUUUGUGUCCCCAUAACGAUGCUUAGCCCUGAGCUAGUGCUUUGUGGUUUUCCAGCUCUGGGCAAAGAUGAACUCACUGAUCCUCACAGCUCCCCUGGGAUGAGGUAAUUUGUUCUUACAUCAGUGCCUGCGUCUUUACCUACAGCCACAAAAACCCAGAGCAACCUCCCGGAGCAGCCCUAAAGCAGUACAGAACGUAGCCCAGGCAUUAGCCAGAGACUUCACCCUUGUCCAAACGUGUGCCCCCUCCACCCCCCUCAGAACCUUCACCACACCCAUCCCAGGGAUUCCACUUCUGCCACCAGGGUGCCUCUUGCAAAGUGACCUCUGUUGGACCAGUGUGGAAGCAAGGCCCAAGGGUGACCCCUCCUGGAGACUGCCCUGCUAGCAACCCCCUCCCACUGAAACAAGGGAGACUGUUGCUCAAGUGCCGCCAUUGAGUGCAAUUGUGACAGAACCCAGACCGCUGAGGGCUUUAGAGGUCAAAAACGACACCUUCCACUGCACCCAGGUCCUAACAGGCAGCCAGUGCAGCUCCUGGAGCAUUGGUGCCAUGGGGCUGUCUGUUAACCACACAGUGUUUUUCCCCCAGGAGUUGAAAUUAGAGGGGCUGUUCAAAUUUACAGGGGGAGUGGGGUGGAAAAUGACUAAAUUGGCAACACUGCCUAUAACUAGUUGACCGCUGGGGGGCAGAUGGGGGAGUUUGGGGGGCACGGGAUGUAGGGAAAUCCCUGAUAGUGAUUAAGGAUCAGGCAGCUGCCUUCUGCCCCUGCUGCGGCUCCUGAGCAGUCUCCAGGCAAGCCACCAUGGACUGUGCAUGGCAGUAAUCCCCAGGCUGGCUAACUAGAAUGGUGCACCUCUGAAUGCCAUGGCUGUGCCCCCACCAAUCCGUGAAAGAAUGUGCUGCUGUUCAAAGGGUUCUACAAAUACAGCCAUCGGGGAGCCUCCUACGAGAGCUGGGGAGACACUAGAUCUUUGGAGAUGUUCUUGUUUGGUGCAGAACGUAAACGGUCAUCGGGGCCACUGCUAUCGCCUGAACAUAUGGCAGCAGAUGUGGAUGAGAGAGGACCCCAUAGAUGUAGGCGUUAUCCCCAUUUUAAAGAUAGGGAAACGGAGGCAAGGAUGACUUCUAUAAGGUCACAAAGCAAGUCUGGCAGAGCUUGGAAUAGCACUCUGGAGAUCCUGACCCCCACACCACACUGCUCUAACCACUAGACAGCACUGCCCCUCCCAGGCUCCUUCCAGGAGUCAUUCCAUUCCCUCCUGGUUUG